CGGCAGAUUCUCAGCAAGUCAAGCGAGCAAGGCGAAUAUGUCCGAUCAUCUUUCGCUUGACCUCGUGACCAACAUUCUCCUCCGGCUGCCGGUGGCCGCAAUUCUGCGGUGCCGCGCAAUCUGCAAACCCUGGCGGGCUCUGAUCGACAGCCCGAGGUUCAGCAAGCUCCAAAUCGACCACUCCUCCGCCACCACCGAAAACGCCGUCCUCUUCAUCCUGGAAAACGAUGGGCACGGCAAUGGCGACCUCCACAUCGCCCCGUACAUCGAAGGCCUCCGCCGAGAAACCUGUAUCGACGUCCGAAGCAACAAAUCUUCUUCACCCCAAAUUGGCGUCAAAAUUCCACAGGAGCGCGUAACCCUAAUCGGCUCAUGCGACGGGUUGCUCUGCUUCGACUACGACACCGACAAGGCCAUCAUAACGAAUCCGGCCACACGGAAGUCGCACGUCAUGUCAGCCAUGCCGAAACAUCUAUGCGGCGACGGGGAUGGCGUUUACCACUGCGGCUGCGGAUUCGGGUACGAUUCCGUCUCCGACGACUAUAAGGUUGUCAAGCUUAAUCAGAUGAUGUUGUUUAGUGCAAAAAAUGCUGAUUGUUUCCAAUCUGAACUGAUUAGUUAUGGGGUUAGGUCUGGUUCCAGCGUAGUUGUGAAAUUCCCUUAUAUCCUAGCUCUCACGGAGAAGGUAGGCGUGUUUGUUGGUGGAGCAAUUCAUUGGGUGGUUCACACCCCUGAUGUUAGCAACUUGAUUGUCGGUUUCGAUUUAGGGCGCAACGAAUGCAAGGAAAUCCCUCAGCCGGAGUAUCGAAACGAGAAGAAAUCGUUGCUCUUGAGAAUUGGUGAGCUGGAGAAGUGUCUGUGCAUCUUUGCCAAUUACCGGGGUAGGGUGCUCGAUGUCUGGAUCAUGAAAGAGUACGGUGUUAAGGAGUCAUGGAGUAAAAUGCUAUCCGUUCCACAUCCUGGAUUGUGCUACGAUAUUAGGGUUCGAUCUCUCGGGUACUCCAUGACCGGUCAGGAUUUGCUUCUGCUGUUGGAUUCCCAAAGGCUAGUUUGGUAUGACCUGAAGAAGAAUCCUCAGAAGGGUGAUGCUGCUAAAGAGAUCACCAUCAGUGGAUUGAAGGCGGUGUUCGUAGAUGCCAUUGUUUGCUUUGGAAGCCUGGUUUCGCCUCAUGGCAAGUUUCCAACCAAAGAGGAAGUGAAAAUUGACAGGCAAAGGAAGAAGAGGGAUGGUUUCUUGUCUUCUGGGUUUAAGCUGAAGCUGUAAGUAGAACUCCAUUAACAAGAUCAAUAUUAAUGAGAUACAGAACUAGAGUUGAAGAUGAAGUCGGCUGGAUGAUGCAGUGUAGGAAGUUGGCCAGCUAGAGGAGUGGUGAUGAUGGUGAAUAUUUUCAGUUUUGUUUCCCACUCUUCAUUUUGAAGCCCUGGCCCUUUUUUUAUGUAGUGUAGGAAGUUGGCCAAGUAGUUAUUGCUACAUGAACGUUACAUUUACUGAGUAAUCUUCCUUCUUCACUCUGCGUAACAUAGUUAUCAAAUUCGUAUGGAACUUUAUGGUACGAGAUUGAGUACUUGAACGAUUGACUCGAGACCGAAGACAUUAGAUACAUGCCAUUUGUGGAAACUUUCGAUCAGAUGGUAUGGGGGGCGAGAACGAGUACUAGUCAUGUUGUGAGAGUGAGAUACUCGUUACUUAUAACUAUGUAAUCGAGCAACUUGUUGGCGAAUUUCUAAAGUAUGGAUUGAAAAAUAACAAAAUAUCUCAUGCGGG